AUGAAUAGUUAUGCGCCGAUUCGUUACGACAACAUUCUGAACUGGACGUUAUCAACUGAUGAUGGUCUUCUUGGCCGUAUUUUCGAGAGAGAUUUUCUGAAUACAGAGCUUGAUUUCCUUUACCAACGUGCUCGGCAACUGGCUACGAAUCUGCCAAUGGGCGAAACACGUCUGACUGGAUUUCAAAUAACCGCUGAAGAACUUCGAGGAUCACCAUUAGCACCAAAUUUGUUACCACUUUUGAUGAAUUUCCGCUUGUUUGGAGUUCCACUUGAGUUCGUUAACCUGCUCGUAGCUCUCAUCGCCUACGCCUGUACAUAUCCUGCUGUAUUCUGGCGUGUUUCGAAACCAUUCAGCUUAAUCUUCUCUUUCCAUAUGGUCGUUUAUUGUGUUGCGGUGAUCUGGGGAUAUCUGGGAUUCAGCAUACUGUUUAGAAUCCAGGAAACCAACUACAACAGCCUUCGUCCCCUUGGACUCGGACAAUAUCUGGUGCAGUCACGAAAUUGGCCCUUUUAUCAUCCGCAUGCUAUAGUUGGCACAUUCGUCGCAUCGUUGAUGUUAAUGAUAAUGGCACCGAUUGCUCUCUACUCCUACGGUUACAAUAAGUAUUUCGUAAGAUUUAUCUCUUAUUUUUAG